AUGAUGAAGUUCUAUGUUAUUGUGGUUAUUAUUAUUCUCUUUGUUGAAGUGGAAGCAAGUCAAUUGCGAAGUUUCAACAAUCCGCUCAACGGUAAAAGCAUUGAUAUUUUCUUUGUCGUUGAUGAAUCAAAUUCAAAAAUCACUAACAUCAACUUCGAACGACUAAAAACAGCUCUUAAAAGCAUAGCCACAGAGUUAAAUCCAGUUGGUGGAAGUCCUUGCUUUGGUGUCUAUUUUUUUGGAGCAACAUCAUCAGUUCGUAGCAUUGCUCCAUUUCCGACCUGCAGUAUCACUUUGUUAAAUACAUAUCUCGGCCAAAUACAGCGUGCUAUGGCUCAACCAAAUCCAUCGAGUUUGGUCUCGGCUUUGACUUCGAUUGAAUCGAGUUGUUCUAUAAGCUGUCGGUCGAAUGCACCACGAGUAACUAUUGUGUUUUCUCAUGAUCCAGCACCAUCAGCUGAACUUGCAAUUCGCCAAUUAGAAAAUAACAGUGGCAUGACCAUGAUGGUUGUUGGUAUUGGAUCUAAAGCAACUGAGACUAUUGUGGAGCAGUUGGCCUCCUAUCCUCCACAAUAUUAUGCAAUUCAUGUUGCAUCUGAGCUGGAACUUAUAUCCACUGCUCAACCGAUUGCUUCAUUUGCUUCUAAUGUGCCACGUCUGCUUGGUAUCAACCAACCACUGCAUACGCCAAGUACUUCGUCUGCUGCCUAUUAUACUGUACAACUCAAUUUGUUGCCAUACACAAAAAUGAACAACAAAAUUAUCAUGUUCGCAUCGAAUUGUCCAUCUUGUAAAGUGUUCGGUUCAUUAACAGAACCUAAUCCUGUUAGUGACAAUACUAAUCAAAAUGCGAAUAUGCGUCCCUUCUUUGCUUAUUCUGGUUAUCCAAAUAGCAAAUAUUAUUUCCGUGUACCACAAAAUGCCAGUCGACUCUUUGUAAGUGUUCUUUCCAAUGGUAUGUCCGGUGUCUAUUUCGUUUUUGAUGUGUUCGACUUGCCGGCAUUGAUGACCAUGUAAACAAAGAAGCUUCGAAAAACAAAUCAUUAUAAUUGACCGCAUGAAAUGAUUUUCAAACAUGCACAAAUUCUCAUUUACGAUUAAUGACCUCAAUAAAACAACUUUUUCUGAAGUUUCAAUUUCUUUCUAUUUUGGGUGUGGGUGGGUGUAGGAGUGUGAGCGUGGGUGUGGGUGGGUGUGGGGGUGUGGGUGUGGGUUUAGGUAUGAGUAGGGAUAUUUUGUCUUCAACACCCACCCACACCCCACACCCAUCCUUAUUCUGCAUUUACUCUACAGUCUCUAACUUCACUUACAACAUUCUGUUAAUCUUAAUUCUUUCGACUUUAGCAGAUUGUACGGAAAAAAGCUAUUUAACUCAGAAACCACUGUGAAUAAACAGGAAUCGCUCAAUGUUGCGUACCUCAGACUUAGUGCCACUGGCGUGUAAACACUGUUUAUCAUACUGGGACUUAUUGGAAAACCCACCCCAUUAGGCCACACUGCAAUCUACACCUACAACGAUACCGAAAAGGGUACCGAAACUAAACAGUAAUCCAAGAUUACAUACGCGCAGAAGAACUUUCCGAAUUUCGAGUUCUCCUUACUUUCAAAUGAGUUUUUCUCCAAAGAAUUGGUUUUUUUCCUUAGAGAAUAAUUUAGAGAGAGAAGAAUACUUUUUUCAUAUAAAUAAUUAUUUGAAUUUUUGAGAACUUGACUUCAGAUUUGGAUUCUCCAAUCUCGACUUGCUUUCAUCAACCUUUAUAAGAUAUCGUUAUUUUCUCAAAAACCCUUUCGUUGACCCUAAAAACUCAGUUCAAAAUUUCGAAAAACUGACCUGAGAUUUGGAUUCUCCGACUUCGAUUUACUUUCGUGAACAUCUAUCAAAAAUUAGUCGUAGAUGGUUUUUUGAUCUCGAUGUUCUUUUGACCCCAACAAACAGACAAACGCAUUAUGAGUUUUUUUUAUAUGACUCUCCCUUCAGUCGACGGAAUUACAUUUUGAAUCGGUGGAUUUUUAUCAAUAAAAAUUCCGACGUAAUAUUUCUAAAAAACAACGGCCACGUAGACAUUCACAAUCAUCGAGAAAUAUUUUAUGUAUUUUCAUAGAUAUUAUUUCGCUUUUCAAUAGUUGUUAUUUCUCUUUUAAAUCGAUAAAUUGUUCUUUAUGAAAAUAUACAGGUAAUACUUCCAACCAAGAAUAUACAAGUAAGAAUUCAUUGACUGAAAAAUAUUUUAUGUAUUUUUCAUCGAUAUUAUUUUGUUUUUCACGAGUUGUCGUUUAUAUUUUAAGCCGAUGAAUCACAGUUUAUCGAAACACACAGGUAACAUUUCGAACCAACAAACAUGUCAAACCGUUGAAGAAAAUUUUCUAAAAGUCUAAUACGUAAGAUUGGUAUUGUGAGAAAGAUCGCAAAAAACUAAGUAUUACCCUAGAAUAAGAGCGCGGAGUAUAGUCUAGUUCCAAGCAAAACUUUUUCAAACAAAAUUCUCAGCAACAGCUUUUUUGUUCCUUAUUUAGUUUCUUCUUUCGUUCUGUGGUUCGCGAUGACAUAUAUAUAUAUAUGUUUAGGACAGAACGAAAAGAAAAGCUUUGUAUACAUAUAUUGAGAAGAGUGCAUGAUAUUCUUGACGAUGGUAAUUCAUAACUGCAAAAUUAUUAAAAGAUUUGAUUAUAUAAUUAAAAUGUUAUAAAUUCUGCAUAUUAAAAUUAGUAUUGAAAUUUAACAAUUUAUUAGGUGACUAAAAUAUUUUCUGUUAUCUGAAAC